CUCACGCAGUGUAUAAGCGAAGGCGUAACUCAGUCGUAUAUAUUUGGGUUUAUACCACCACAACCAGCGAUAUCAAACUGAGGUUGACGCCAUUUCCCUAUCAUGGCGGCUCAGUCCGUAGACGAUUUAUGGGGAUACCUGCAUGGAUAUCUCCACGCACAGGCCCUCAUGACCGGUUGUAAACUUCGCAUAUUUGACGAGCUGAAAAACGAACCGAAAACAGCCAGUGAUAUUUGUAUCAUCCUAGGGGCCGAGUUAGACGCAGUGGAGAGACUGUUAAACGCUUUAGUAUCUUUGGGGGCGUUAUCGAGAGUUUCGCCUGACGACUUUGGCAGCAACGACGAUAAGUUUAUCAACUCCGAUCUCUCAAGCAGGUACUUAACUACAGAGAGCCCCAUGACACUGCGACCCUGCAUACUGGUCGCUGAUAAAUAUUUGUAUGGUCUUGCAGGCAAUUUGUCAUUCGGUGUACGAGAUGGAAAUCCACAAGCAGAACGUGCGUUUGGAAUUAGCAGUCGGAAGUUUUACAAAGAUAGCGCCAAAAGCGAUGAUGAAAAGCUGCUUUUGUUGGCAUCUAUGCAUUCUAAAGCUACCGUCUUCUACCGCGACGCGGCAACAAAAUCGUUUGAUCUGUCUCAAUACAAGCACGCGUGUAACAUCGGGGGAGGUACUGGCGCUGUUGCAUUCGCUCUGGCUGCCGUCUACCAGCAUAUGAAAGUUACCGUACUUGAUGUACCAAGCGUGGUGGAAGUUGCCAGUAAAUUCACACCUGCAGACCCUUACUCCCAUAACGUAACCUUUAAAGGGGGUAAUAUCUUCAAAGGCUCUUUUCCCGAUGUCGACCUCUUUGUUUUGACGGAUAUCGUUCACAAAUGGCCCGAGCAACGAAUCAAACAACUUUUGUGUCGUCUGUUUGAUAGCUUGUCAGCCGGUGGCGCUGUUCUAAUUCUGGACUGCUUUCAUGAAGACGACAAACGAGGGUCACUAGCAGCGUCAAUGAUGGGCUUGUUGAUGUUGCUGACUUCCACCGAACGUUGUUUUCAGCGAUCGUUUGCUGAUAUGUGCGACCUUCUGCGCAAGAUCGGAUUUGUUGAAGUUAAAGUAAAAAAGAAUGGCGAUAUUGUACAAUCUAUGAUUGCUACGAAACCGCCGAUAGACAAUGGUGAACUAGAUGUGCAUUUAUAA